CCAGUUUGAUGCUCAGUCAACUAUCCUCUCCGGAGAAACACACAGCAGCGACAACAACAUAAACAACCUGAGACUCAUUCUGCAAACUUCAUCUGACCGGUAAAUUCAGUCGUGUCGCCAUGGUGAAAGGGGACGUUAACAAGCCAAAGGGCAAAACGUCAGCCUACGCCUUUUUCGUCCAGACCUGCCGCGAAGAACACAAGCGGAAACACCCCGAACAGUCGGUCAACUUCGCGGAGUUCUCCAAGCAGUGUUCUGAGCGAUGGAGGGGUCUGACUGCGAAUGACAAGCGUCGUUUUGAGGACAUGGCGAAGAACGACAAGGUGCGGUAUGAGAGGGACAUGAGGGGGUACGUCCCCCAAAGGGGAUGGCCAAGAGUGGAGGAAGAAGAAGGACCCCAACGCUCCAAAACGACCCCGUCUGCCUUCUUUGUGUUCUCUGCAGAGUUCCGUCCUACGGUCAAACAGGAGUUCCCAGGCUGUUCUAUAGGAGAGUGCGCUAAGAAGCUGGAAUCAUGUGGGGUCAACAGACUCCAACCCAGAAACAGCGUUUGAAGAGAAGGCUCUCCGACUGAGGGAGAAAUACGAAAGG